AUGGCUACUCAAUCAACAUCAUCCAAUCCUCUGAAGCAAACUCCCCGGGAAAAAAACCAUAACGACAACAAAAUAAUGCCGGGAAUUGUGCUGCUUGACGAAUUGGAUCCAGAUCAGAAUAAAGCAGAUGUAGAACAUAUCAACGACGAGGAGCUGGACUUUGGUGACGUUGAAUACGAGAACAUGGAGUUUAGAAAUGCACCAACUGAUAUGGAUCCGGGAAACUGA